UCCAACUUGCGAAGCGACAACGGAGUGCCGUCGACUGCCGACCGCCCGACCGGAGGGGAAGGAAGGGUCGAAGGGAGGGGGGAGUCCACGCUGCCCCGCGCCGCUCGAAAUCCCCAAUUCCCCAGGCGAGAUUGGAUCAGAUCACAUCACAUCAGGGGAUCCAUCACACUCACCAGAUCCCAUCUCUCCAAUCCCCAUGGCGAUUGUGUACGCGCUGGUGGCGCGCGGCACCGUCGUGCUGGCCGAGUUCGCCGCCGUCUCCGGCAACGCCGGCGCCGUGGCCCGCCGCAUCCUCGAGAAGCUCCCGCCCGACGCCGAGGCGCGCCUCUGCUUCGCGCAGGACCGCUACAUCUUCCACGUCCUCCGCGGCGACGCCGGAAUCACUUUCCUCUGCAUGGCCAACGACACCUUCGGAAGAAGGAUCCCCUUUCUCUACCUGGAGGACAUCCAGAUGAGGUUCAUGAAGAAUUACGGCAGAGUCGCCCACUCCGCGCUGGCGUACGCCAUGAACGAUGAGUUCUCCAGGGUGCUCCACCAGCAAAUGGAGUUCUUCUCCAGCAAUCCCAGCGCCGACACGCUCAACCGUCUCCGUGGAGAAGUCAGCGAGAUACACACCGUCAUGGUCGACAACAUAGAGAAAAUUCUUGACAGAGGCGAUCGCAUCUCACUUCUCGUCGACAAGACGUCCACCAUGCAAGACAGCGCUUUUCACUUCCGCAAGCAAUCCAAGAGGCUCCGCAGAGCGCUCUGGAUGAAGAACGCCAAGCUUCUAGCUGUGUUGACGGUUGCCAUAGUAGUGCUACUCUACUUGAUCAUUUCGGCAUUCUGUGGAGGCCUUUCGCUACCAUCAUGCAGAUCAUGAAUAAUGGUUGUCCCUCAUUUGGAGCGUACAAUUCCAUCUGAUGAUGCCUGCUGUGUUGAGCGCCUGAGGUUCCAGAGCCAGAACAGAUGCUUGGAGAAGCAGACUUUCAAUAUGGUUUCCGGUUAGAGGGAGUUUGCAUUUUGCUGGCAUGAGCUAAUUUGAAGUGAUCCGUGCAAAAAUGGGUUCAGAAUGUACAGUAUGUGGGUGGUUGUUUCAAGGAGUGGAGUUGCCCUUUGAUGUACUCGUUUCUUUUCUGAUGUGGCUCCUUGUGGAUGAAUCUGAUGUGUUGAUGUACUUAUCUUUUGCUAUCAAACCGUCAGCUUGCUUGUGUGGAUGGGGUUUUGGUGUCUGCUAGUGCUACUUGCUAUAUAUAUUAUAGAUACAUAUGUAUGCUGCAGUAAAUGUUAUAUACUGCUGCUAUCAGUCUAUCAGAAUUACACAGGAACAUGGAAUGGUAUCUCACUGUUAUUGU